CUACGUUUCUGUGAGAACUAUACGAGGAAAAGAGGAUUGUAAGCUAACAAGCUGGCUGGCUUCUUAGUGUUAUACCCGCGUUGACAUCUGCCAAGCUUUAGAAAUGCCUCAGAAAAACAAGUCUACAACUUCUUGUGGAACUAUACAAGCAUCUGGACCUGAUAGCGGUGAACCACCGCCUGAAACCGAUGCGAGAGCUUCGUUGGCUUCUGGAGACAGAGCUGAAAGAUCAGAGACGGACCUGGGAGACUUGGAAAUAAUCAAGUCUCCAAGUGAUCCAAAGAAAUACAGGUACUUUGAGCUCACAAACGGACUUAGAGCACUGCUGAUAUCAGAUCUAAGCCAGGUACACUCUGAGCACAGAGACACAGAUGAUGAGGAUGAUGAUGAUGAUGAGGAGGAUGGGGAUGAUGAGGAAGAUGAGGAAGAGGAGGAGGAGGAGAGUUCUGAAGAAGACAACUCUGAGCAAGAGGACCUGGACAAUGAGGAGGAUGCAGACAGCAGUGAGCAAGACGGAGACAGUAAGGACUCGGAUUGCUGCACUGGAGUGAGGAAGAAGAAGAAGGGGAGGUCAGAGAAACAGUCUGCUGCUGCUCUUUGCAUAUGUGUGGGAAGCUUCAGUGAUCCAGAGGACCUGCCGGGUCUGGCCCACUUCCUUGAGCACAUGGUGUUCAUGGGCAGUGAGAAGUACCCAGCUGAGAAUGGCUUUGAUGCUUUUCUGAAGAAACACGGUGGCAGUGACAAUGCUUCCACAGACUGUGAGAGGACCAUCUUCCAGUUUGAUGUUCAGAGGAAGUACUUCAGAGAGGCACUAGAUAGGUGGGCACAGUUUUUCAUCUGUCCUCUGAUGAUAGAGGACGCCAUUGACCGGGAGGUGGAGGCAGUUGACAGUGAAUACCAGCUGGCCAAGCCGUCAGACUCUCAUCGUAAAGAAAUGCUGUUUGGAAGCCUAGCAAAGCCCAAACACCCAAUGAGCAAAUUUUGCUGGGGGAACGCCCAGACUCUGAAGCACGAGCCGAAGGAGAAGGGCACAAACACUUAUGAGCGUCUGCGGGACUUCUGGAGGAGGCACUACUCUGCCCAUUACAUGACCCUCACCGUUCAGUCCAGAGAGACACUGGACACCUUAGAGGAAUGGGUGAGGGAGAUCUUCACCAAAGUCCCCAACAAUUUUGAGCCACGUCCUGAUUUUUCCAACCUUCAGGACCCCUUUGACACCCCACAUUUCUGUAAACUUUACAGAGUGGUUCCUGUGAGAAAGAUCCAUGCUUUGACCAUCAGCUGGGCUUUGCCUCCCCAGGGCAAGUAUUACAGAGUGAAACCUUUGCACUACAUUUCCUGGCUGAUUGGUCACGAGGGCACCGGCAGUAUACUCUCCAUGCUCCGCAAGAAGUGUUGGGCUUUGGCCUUGUUUGGAGGGAACAGUGAGACAGGAUUUGACCAGAACACCACCUACUCCAUCUUUUCCAUCUCCAUCACCCUGACAGACGAGGGCUACCAGAACUUCUACCAAGUGAUCCAUUUGGUAUUUCAGUAUCUGAAGAUGCUUCAGAAAUUUGGCCCUCAGCAGAGGAUUUAUGAAGAAAUACAGAAGAUCGAAGCGAAUGAGUUCCAUUAUCAAGAACAAACUGAUCCAAUUGAGUUUGUAGAGAACAUUUGUGAGAAUAUGCAGCUUUUCCCAAAAGAAGACUUCCUGUGUGGAGACCAGCUCAUGUUCGAAUAUAACCCAGAGGUGAUUUCUCGCGCCUUGGCUCUGCUGACUCCAGAGAGGGCCAAUCUGCUGCUGCUGUCCCCGGAGCACGAGGGUCUCUGCUCUUUAAAGGAGAAGUGGUUUGGUACCCAGUACAGUGUGGAAGAUGUGGCUGGGGAAUGGGGUGAGCAGUGGGCUGGAGAUUUCCCCCUGAACCCAGAACUUCACCUCCCUGCAGAGAACAAGUUCAUAGCCACAGAUUUCACCCUGAAAACAUCAGACUGUCCUGACACUGAGUUCCCUGUCAAAAUUAUUGACAACAGCAGAGGGCGACUGUGGUUCAAAAAGGACAAGAAGUUCAAAAUACCAAAAGCGUACAUCCGCUUCAACUUGCUCACGCCCCUUAUCCAGGAGUCUCCGGAAAACCUGGUGCUGUUUGACAUCUUCGUCAACAUCCUGGCCCAUAACCUGGCCGAGCCGGCCUAUGACGCAGAUGUGGCGCAGCUGGAGUACAAGCUGAUGCCCGGCGACCACGGCCUGGUUGUACGGCUCAAGGGCUUCAACCACAAAUUGCCCUUGCUGCUGGAGCUGAUCGUGGACUACCUCGCUGACUUCACCACCACUCCGGACGUGUUCAGCAUGUUUACUGAGCAGCUCAAGAAGACGUACUUCAACAUCCUCAUCAAGCCAGAGAGGCUGGGAAAAGACGUGCGUCUACAGAUACUGGAACACUCUCGCUGGUCAGUCAUCCAGAAGUACCAGGCCGUCGUAAAGAACCUCACCGUGGACGAUCUCAUGCUGUUUGUUGCCAAAUUCAAGGCAGAGAUGUUUGUGGAAGGUCUAGUGCAGGGGAACUUCACUAGUGCUGAAUCCAAGGAGUUCCUGCAGUACUUCAUUAAGAGGCUCCAGUUCCAGCCUCUCCCUGCUGAGCCUCCUGUCCUGUUCCGGGUGGUGGAGCUACCUCAGAAGCAUCACCUGUGUAAGGUGCAGUCCCUCAACAAAGGCGACGCCAAUUCUGAGGUCACCGUUUAUUAUCAGUCAGGACUUAAGAACCUCCGAGAACACACACUGAUGGAGCUGCUGGUGAUGCACAUGGAGGAACCCUGCUUUGAUUUCCUGAGGACUAAAGAAACUUUAGGGUAUCAGGUCUACCCCACCUGCAGAAACACCUCCGGUGUCCUUGGCUUCUCCAUUACGGUUGAGACUCAGGCAACCAAGUUCAGCACGGACUUUGUGGAGACCAAGAUCGAAGAGUUCUUGGUGAACUUUGGAGAGAAGCUGAGUAACCUCUCGGCUGAGGCCUUCCAGACGCAGGUCACUGCUCUGAUCAAGCUGAAGGAGUGUGAGGACACACACCUUGGUGAGGAGGUUGACAGGAACUGGUUCGAGGUGGUCACAGAGCAGUACCUGUUCAAUCGCCUCAAUAAAGAGAUUGAAGCUCUGAAGCAGAUGACCAAAGCAGAGCUGGUCUCUUGGUUCAUGGAGCACAGAGGCGCACAGAACCGGAAGCUCAGCAUACACGUGGCAGGCUUUGGUGAAGUGGAGAAAGGGCUUCACGGAGACAGCCAGACCUGCGCUGACCCAGCGGGGAACACCGGAGACGCCAGGUCAUCCUCCUACGGAGAAGUGUCCAAGCUCACCUUCCUGCCAGCCUCGGUCGCCCUGGCUGGGGCCACGGCGAUCACGGACAUCCGUGCAUUCACCUCUUCUCUCACGCUCUACCCCUACCACAAAAUCCUGGCCUAGACCAGAACUCCAGGCUCGGUGGCACAGCGCACAGUCAGGAAAGAUCUCAGGAAUACCUGCUCUGGUGUACUUGCUUGAAGGACUACCUCAUGUUUGAAGAACUGUGCAACGAACUUUUUUUAAGUUCUCUAAAGAUAAUAAACAUUAAUGAAUUCGGAUGACAGUUCAUAUCAGUACCCACAUAUGGAAAAGGAAUGAGGAAGACUUACUGACACCUUUAAACGUUUAUUAUAGGAUUUGGUGUCAGAAUGUUAAAUACAUUACCAUAGAAAUUAAACAUCAGGCUAUAAAAUCUAAAAGUAUAUAUAUCAAUAUUAACUGAGCAAAAGAAUGACAGUGUUAAUGGACACUAGUAUUGAAGGGUGAGUUGUUGCUAUCAGCAGAAUGUUUUAACUUGGGUUCUGUGCACUGAGCGAGAAAAGUAAUUAAAAAUGACCGCUGUAGGGCAUCAGUCAUCCAGGACGUCACUGUCCUGAUAUGGGCAGAGGGUCUUAACUUCUGCUUCGACUGCUGUAGUGACGCAUGUUUUAAUCAUGUUUAUUAAUCAAAUGUGCAUAUUUAAUAAAUUGGACUAGAGUACUAACUGUA